AUGCCGACCUCGACAAAAGCUCCAGUCGCGGCCUCAGUGUCUGAGGAUCAACUCCGGUUGCUCAUUCAUCAUGUUUUUCUGACUCCCGGGCAUCCCCAGAAUGGAGACGACCUCAAGCUUGCAGCAGCAACUGAUGACGCUCUUUUGGAGCUGGUCUGCGAUGCUCUGCGAUUUUUUACGCCUCGCAUCACAUCCGAUGCCGCUAAGACUGUCGUCCAGGUGGGCGAGGCCAUUACCUUUCUUCGCCAUUCAAGGAACAGCUCAGGUAAUCUGGACCAGCACAAGCUAGAGCAAGCUUUCUCGACACUAUCAAAAUUAGGUGGCAAUUUUCCGAUCCACGUAUCGGCCCAAAAUGCCGCCAUCAUUGCCAAUCGUAGGCAAGACAUCGUUAUUUUCGAGUUCUCCGAGCUCGCGCCUCGCAACGAGGCUGCAAUGAGCACACCGGGACGGCUCAAGCGACACUUUCCUGGUUCGGCCGUCGCAAUACCAUUAGAAGUAUUUGACGACUCGGACCUUCACUCCGCCCUCGCAGAUGCCAUUGCAAGAAUGGGCAUUCAGGAGGUUGCAUCGAUGAAAGCCACUGCGUCUAAAGCUGGCCAUGACCAAAUCGAGAACAGGGAUACAACAGACCCUGCUAUUGUUACCGACUUCCUCGCGACAUUUUUGAGUGCUCUCGGCAGAGUGGUCAAGGUCCCAGUCCUUGAGAAAAAUACCCGAGAACAAGUCAGUUGGCGCAAGGCCAAGCUGCCGUGGCGACGCUCUGCUGUUUGGCUGCUUUGCCGCGUGACUAUACAAAGCCUCCUAUCACGCCUCGGGCAGCCACACAUUUACAAGCAAUUCAUGGUCUUCCUCAUGGCUUUAAUUCUAGAGGCCGCAGUUUUCUUCAAAAUGCCCUCCGAGGUUCUCUAUUGCAUGGUGGCAAAAAUAUCCGGCAGACUCAAGAAACUUGGCCCCAAGGCAUAUGAUUGUUUGCAAGGUGGCGUAGGAGAGAUCUUGGCCCGAGCUGUCUCCUGCAUGGAAAAGUCUUGGCAAGCGGCAGCGCAAACCUCGAACCCAAAUCUGAUGAUGUUUGCUAUCCCGUCAGACUGGUAUCAGCAAGAUCAGCAUUUUGCGUACCCGGAUCUGGAUACAUUUAUUCAGUCCAUUGAUUCGCGAAAGUCCUACGUGGCCAACCACAAGUUUUCACCUUCCUGGCAAAUGCCCGUAUACUCUGGAUCAGAACUGCCGAACAUUUCAAUUGCUAUAUAUGCUGAGCGUGUGAUAUUCGAUCUUUUGGAGUUUGAGCAAUGGGUCACUACUUCGUUGGAUUCUUGGCUCACGACCAACAUUGGAAAAGAGGAGACUCCUGGGCAGAUACUACGUGCGAUGAAGGCAUACCACACAGCUGCCAGCGACCGCUACAAGAAUAAUCCGGAGGCCACCUCGUUGAUGAUCUUGAUUGUCUUAGAGCUGUGGAUCGCGUGCGACAAGUCGGCGUGUGAGCAACAUAAGCUGUUGCAUCACUUUAAUCCCGAGGUUUCUCGCGAGAAUCUUCAGUCUCUCAUUCUACCAGCAAAAAGGGACACUGAGCGCCUCCAUCUCAUUGAAGUCUAUAUCAAGUCUCGUAGGAAGCGUGCCGAGAUUUACUGCAACGCCUCCAUCUUUUCUUCGUUUGGAACGAAAGAAUGCUUUGCAGUUCAGUUCUUUGCAACGUCCAAUGAGCAACAAUUCCUCAAGCAGACAAUCGAACAGGAGGCAAAUAAAAAAAGAGACAAGAAGAGAACGGAGUUUCGCGCUGCAAAAGAAAAGUACGAGUCUUAUAUCCAAGAAAGUACGGAACUUGAUCAUGAAUUCCUGGACAGAGUCAAUCGAAAAGGCUAUAAAUACCAGGUUCAUAAUCGAGACUGCUCGCGGUGCGACAUUGAGCGAAAAGCUGCAGCGAUGAAAAUUGAGAUACACGAAUGGCCGUUGCCAAGUGCCACCUACGCGGCCGAGAACGUGGUUUUCGAGCUGCGAGUGCCUGUGGCUUUCAGUGACUGGCGCGAUGCAACGGCUUACAUCAUUUCGUCAGUUUUCAAGUUUACUAAAAUCGCAUCAACGAAUGGGCCAGAAGAAGACAAGCUGUCCGAAUACUUGCGCGAUAAAUAUGUCACCUACACCAAUUACCGUCGCUUUGUCUUGAUUUCGACAACCAAGUCGAACAAGAGAACACAUCGAAAAAUCCAAGCCGUGAGCACUGCGUCCGAAGCGGACAUAUUGCUGGCAAACGGUUUGCAAUUUCACUAUUACGACACUUCGCUGUCUAGUUGGGCGAACUCCUUCCGCGAGAGUGGUACAGUGGCGGAGAAUUGCACAUACAAACUUUCACCACCAUGCAGUAGCCUACAGAAGUUCCUGCAUCGACCUCACCAAUCGCCAAACGGUGAAAAGCCAAACUGCAUAAUCUCUCGCCAAUCAGAGUGCCCAGAGCACAUGUCCUUGGAAGAGUUCAAAGCUAUGGCGUCACUGGCUUGCGGUUACCGGGUUCAGUGGUUGAAUGUUCUCACACAGCUUCACAUGCCGACAGUCGACUUUGCAAACUACGACGUGCUACGAAUACUGCAGCAAAUCAGCGGCCAAGUAGGUCCACCGGCUGCUGGAUCGUAUCGAGCCGGACACCGGCUUCUUGAGGAUGAGACAUUUGCGCUGGCAUGUGUGGAGGGCCUUGAAGCCUCACUGAGCAAAAUUGCAGACAAUUGGGAGUCGUACUACGCCGUGAGCGGUUUUGUUACUUUGGCCGCUAAGCUUCUGUCCUUUUCUGUUACAGAACAGGCUUCAGCAAAAUGUCUUCAAUUUUUACGCAGGUGUCGCAUAGUCGCCCAAGUAUGGAUGUCUCUGUUGCAAGAAAAAGUGAAGAAAUCAGAGACGGAGUCUACGCGCGGGGACUUUCUGCAGAGUACCCUUCAAGUAGCUCGAAUUUGCAUAGCGUCUUUUAACGUGGACGAGCAGCAUGUUCAAUCCAUCUUGGAAUCCGUCUCAGAUGCAGCGAUACUAAUUGAGGCAUCCAUUACUGCGCAUGAUGCUUCAUGCAGUGUCGGAGCUCAGGACGCAACGUCUGUACACAAAUGCGCAAAGGCUCUUUUCAAGUCAUUCCGAAUCUUGAAGAGAGAAAUCACUGCCAAUGGAAACGCUUGUCUCGACAUCGCGCUUCAGCGAAGCUGGGCCGCGUAUCCUGGUGGAGCCACUUGGGAGACAGCGCCUCAUCCGCAUGAGAAUUGGAUGCACACCAGUAUCGUCACUAUAGAAACAAAGCUACCGCUGCGUGUCAACUACGAUAUUUUAACCGGAGAGCUUCUCGUGAACGGCAGUCCCUUGUCACGCUUGCCUGGAGAGUAUGAGAAGCAAUCGCUGUACGCUGCCCUAUUUGGCAAAAUGACACUCGAAGUUCUGCCGACCGAUAUGCCAGGGAUGAAACUUUCUUCCAAGAAACUGUUCCAUGGCUAUGCACUAUUCUUUGGCAUGAGUGAGAUUGCACCACAUGAUCUACUUCUCGUCGCAAAGUCCGGGCUGCGCGUCUACGAUGUUGUGCCAUCUCGAGUUUUUGGCCGAUUUUUACCAGAUCAAUUUGUCAAUGGCUACAUUCACUGGUAUGACAGACAUUCUCAGACAAUUGAGUUUCGCGACAAGGACAAGCCUUGGAAGUCGUCGCCAGACUUGAACUGGACUAUGAGAAGAACAGAACGCGGCUGGACUCUGGAACGUCAGAGUCAGUACAUCCUACUUGGACCGGAAACCUCUACUGCUAGGCACCUGGCACGUCUGUUGAAACCGCUCGAGGAAAAGGCUCACAUCCACAUUACACUUCACAGAGACUCGAAGAAUAUCACUGUUGAGAUGCCAAGACUUCAGACGGAUUUUCUGAUGGAUGCCGGCUCCCACAAACUUUUUUCGCGCCAAUUUCGAGGAAUGUACGUGGACUACAGCCAAAGUAUAGCUACAUUGGUGGGAUUGCAGAGCAAGCUUGUGCUAAGAAAUGACCACAAGCGGCGCAAGGCCCUGAUACCGGACGGUGAGCCGACUUGGUCUUGGGACUCCAAAACAGACCACACUCGGGUAUCUGUUCCUCAUGGUACAUCUAAAAAAGUUCACGCUUACGACAUCGACACUCUUUUGCAAAGGCUCGUCGACAACGGUAGCCUUCAAAGCAAGCUUGUAGUCUGCCACCUCCAUGCGCUGACCUCACAUUGUCUUCCAGAUGAGCUCACUGGCAGAACAGGAACAGAACAAGCUCUGUCUAUUCUUCGAUCUGCUUCUCUACGCUCGUUCGAGUAUCUGCAAGAGAAAGAUGCAAUGAAACUUACCAAGAUUGCGCGCCUGACUCCAGCAAGGCAAUAUUACCCCAGAAACCUGCGAAGCAUGGAGACAGUAGAUUGGGAUCAGCAAUUGAGCUUCUUGUCUCAAGACAAUGCUUUUCAUGCCUUGGUAGAGGAAAUAUUUGCUCAAGCUAGAUCGACCAAGCUAUUUUACCCGGACGCUUGUGAACUGCCGCAGCCUCUCAACCAUGUUCAGCCCGAACUAAAAAAUCGCCAGACGAUACGAGCAGCGAGCUUUCAGGUGUACGGAUUUGGAGCCGAGAACCACACUUCUCGACAUGAUGCAGUUUACGAAAGCCGCGACACUACUCAGCACUCAAACUUGUCGAAGAGAUCUUACCAAAUCACUCAGAUGCUAACGCGAAAUUCUAAGAGUCUGAUUGAUUCAGUCGCACCGCGACUAGUGGACGACAUGUGGCUCUGGUUGAGCUGUGACAGAGUACAAGGCUCAAUUGGUCAACUAUCCACAAGAGACAUAUGCUAUGGCUCACAAUGGCUUGGGGACCAAAAAGCUCUUCUGCGACAAUUCUGGUGCCAGCUACAUCAUUUGCUGGUUACGCCGUCAUCACCACUGAACCGAUUUCAAGUCAUGCUGUGUCUGGGUACACUGGGGUACUCUACGAGUGCAAGCCUACAGCCAUUGCAAGCUCUCGCUGCAUUCUUUAGUAUGCCGAAUGUAUUCAACGUUUCUAUCCCAAGCAAAGAUCAAUAUCUGCUCUCCAGUGGACGCACUCUUCGACGGCCUGAUAUUGAAGGCGCUGCGGAACAAGCGCUCGUUGACUUCAAGGAUAGUCCAGAAUUCUGCCUGGCUGCGCUUGAAGAUGAGGACGAAGAUGCUUAUCUCGAGCGACGAAGGACAUCUUUUGAAGAAAAGCAGAUCAAGGCACGCGAAAACUUCGUCGAAAGUGUGUGCAGCCAAUGGAUAUGUGAAGUGCCUGUGGCCCACUUGGACGGCGUGUCGUAUCUCAAUUGCUAUUUAGCAAUGGAUAGCUUUCGAACGAGGUGGGAAAAUUGGUACCGAAACCAUUGUUUUUAUGAAUAUCUCAUCGAUGUUGCAGCGAAGCUCAAAUCAUGUCCAGUCGCUGCUGGCGCCCCCUUCACGGCGCGCAAGCCGCAGCCUCGGCCCAAGCCAUCUCCAAAGGCGAAGCCAGUGAUCAGCGACCAGUCUAUGUUUGAGUCCUCGAUACCCUCGGUACCAUCCCUUCGAUCAACAGAGUUGAAUCUGUGCAAGUCCAGAAUCGCGCCAGCGUCGAGCGCACACAGAUUGGCGGCGCUACUCGAAAGAAUUCGGGAAACUGGUUCCUCAGAGCAUCCAAGCCAGCGUCAGUAUGCAGACGAGCUGGAGAGGAGUCUCGAAGCUCUGAAAGAUUUAGAAUCUCCACAAUCAUUGACAGAAGACACAGGCGAGCUUGCUGGUGCACUCGAGGACCAUCUGCGUAGCUGCCAAGACAACGCCGUUGAGCUCCACGCUGCACUGCUUGCUACCAUCACUAACGGUCUGAUGCAGGGUCUUUACGAGAGACCCCCUGAUGGUGUUGCAGAUGGAUGGCAAAUUGCGGCCGCUUUCAUGGCACCACGUACGUCGUCCUCUAUUCUCCUUAGCAACAUGGUCCGCACCCGUUGGGAUUCGCUGUCUUGGGAGUGGAAAAUGGCCCUCGUCGCAUUUGGGACUGCCCUAACCGGACUUCAGCGUGCUGAGCGAUUGAUCCAAGCGAAAACGCCAUCCGAUCUUGUCAAAGAGUUGGGCAACCUGGGACACACGAACUGGGAGCCCAUGGACAACCCUGAAAGUCUAUUGUUGGAGAUUGAAAGCGGAAUUUUGAUCCGUGAAGUGCAGGACGACAUUGCGUCGGAGAUGAAAAACCCCGAAAACGGAAAAAAUUCAGUGAUGCAGCUCAAUAUGGGCGAGGGAAAGUCAUCCGUCAUCGUGCCAGCUGUGGCUGCGUACCUCGCGGAUGGAUCCAGUCUUGUGCGUGUUGUUGUCGGAAAACCCCAGGCUAAGGAGCUAUUUCGAACUCUCGUUUCUAAACUGAGUGGUCUUCUGAACCGUCGAGUUUUUCACAUGCCGUUCAAUCGUUCUCUUCGUCUCAACAAAGCCCAGGUCAAAGGUCUAUACAGUCUCUACAAGGAAUGCAUGGAGCAAGGCGGCAUUUUGCUUGUGCAGCCAGAGCACAUGUUGUCCUUCAAGCUCAUGGCCAUUGAGUAUCAAUUUCUUGGCAACCACAAAGAUGCUGGUACAGCUCUUGUUGAUCUCUACCACUUCUUUCAAGCGAAUUCUCGCGACAUUGUAGACGAAAGCGACGAGAAUUUCAGCCCCAAGUUCGAGCUCAUCUACACGAUGAAGGAGCAGCGGCCAAUCGAGCUCAGCCCCGAUCGCUGGACUGUCCUGCAGCGUAUUCUCGAUGUCGUCACUUUCGUUGCCCCGCAGGUGCAAAAAGAGAUGCCUGAAGGGAUUGAGCUUACGCACCAGAGUCGUGGCCGUUUUCCGAGAACGCGCAUCCUCCGCGAUGAUGCAGGCACUUUACUUCUCCACAAGGUCACACAGCAUAUUUGCGACACUGGUCUUCCUGGAAUACCAAUUGGACGACAGAGCGAUAAGAUGAGACAGGCUAUCUUUGAGUACAUCAUCGAAGAAAACGUGUCUGCAGACCAAAUUACAGGGGUGGAAUCGAACGCGUCCUUCUUUACCGACAUCAUCAAGGGGCCUUUACUUCUCCUACGCGGCCUGAUUUCAGGAAGAGUGCUGCUGUUUGCUCUCCGCCAGAAGAGAUGGAGAGUAAACUACGGUUUGGACGUGAACCGUGAACCUCCAACCAAGCUCGCAGUACCGUACAGAGCCAAGGACAGUCCGUCAACAAGAGCAGAAUUCAGCCACCCCGACGUGGUCAUUCUCCUAACUUGCCUCAGUUACUAUUACGAAGGGUUAUCUGAAGAUUCUCUCAUUGUCGCCUUAACGCACCUGAUGCGAUCUGACCAGGCAGAGACUGAGUACAACGAAUGGGUCGCGGAUGCGCCUGAGCUGCCUGCGUCUUUCCAUCGUUUAGCUGGCAUCAAUAUCAAGGACCUCGAACAAGUCACAAAAGAAGUGUUUCCACAUCUGAGACACGCCAAGAGUGUUAUCGAUUACUUUUUAUCACACUUGGUAUUCCCCAAAGAGAUGAAGGAGUUCUCGCAUAAACUCUCCUCUUCUGGCUGGGACCUUGGUGCCCAAAAGGAACAUGCGACAACAGGAUUCAGCGGCACCAACGACUCACGGCAUGUCCUACCACUCGAAGUGAAGCAGCUGGAUAUCCAAGAGCAGCUACAUACCAACGCUCUGGUGCUCGAGAAUUUGCUACGCCCAGAGAAUAUAGUGCAGCUACUGCACUCGUCAGAUCGGGGCUACCACUCCGACACGGAGCGGCUUCUUGAAUUUGUGGCUGCUACAAGUAAUCGGGUUCAUGUUGUUCUGGAUGUUGGAGCGCAAGUGCUGGAGCUUACCAAUAUUCAACUGGCAGCAAGGUGGCUAGAGCUGCUCCCUCUGGAUCAAAAGCAAGAAGCUGUCGUCUUUUCGACGACGACGAUGAAAUCUGCGUCAUCGAUCGCAAGGGAGCAAAAGAAAGACUGCAGACUUCACCAUUUGAAGCUCCCUGAAUACUAUCGAGCGGCAGUCACACUGGGCCCUGAUCUUACUAAAGAUCGACUGGUACAAGCUUGUAUGAGGAUGCGUAAGCUUGGUCAUGGACAGGCAGUCAUAUUUUGUGUCACCAAAGAAAUGCAGUCUCGCAUCUGCAUGGCAACAGGGAAGGCACAAGACAGCGACAUUGGAGUAGACGACGUCUUGAUGUGGGCCAUCUCAGAGACACACACAGACCUGCGUCGACUCAUGCCGCUUUGGGCCAUUCAAGGCGCCCGCUUCGAGAAGCAGCAAAGUAUUUGGAACAGCGCGAGCAGCUCAUCCGGUAUACAUCUGACGCCAGAGCACGCCGAGUCUUUCCUCGAGGAAGAGGCGCAAACAAUCGAGUACCGCUAUCGCCCGACGACGGAUACCACCGAUGGCGACGAACUGGUCUCGUCACUCGAGCAGCUGAAUAUCGGCAGGCACAGCACCUCGCUAGCCGCUAUACAAAAACGCUGCGAGGAGUUUGGCGUGUCGCAGUUCAGGUCGGCGGCGCUCCAGGAGGAGCAGGAAAAGGAACUGGCGCCGGAGAUUGAGCAACAGCGCCACGUUGAGCGACCGCACAGCGUGCAGCCGGCGGAGCAUGAGUUACAUCCCCACUUGAAAAGCUUCAUUACGACAGGCAGCAUCCCAUCGAACUCACCUGCGUUUCAGAGCGCCUUUUUGGCCCUUCUCCAUACCAGUGUUGGUGACUGGGUUGAUCUUGGCCAGUUUCCCAACGACUUGCGCGUCACGGUCGACUAUACACGCACUGUCCAGCUGGCCGACUCUGCGCACAUUGCCCAGCAAGCAGCUCCCAGGAAGAAGAAUGCGCUCGCUGACUCGUUCCAGCGACCGGUGCAAUGGAUUUUGACUGCCAAGGGGCUGUUUGGUGGCACUAAGGCUGUCAUCAUCAGCCCAUUCGAAGCGCAGGAGCUGAUACCGCAGCUCACGAUGCCAUCAUCGCAGGCACACCUGCAUGUCUACGCGCCGCGAACCAGUCGAACGUCGCAGCCACUGGAUCUAUUGCGCCUCUACUCCAUCCCGAAAUGCGCGGAGGAUUGGGAGCUGCCACGCCACCUGCGGCUGCAGCUCAACCUCUUUGCUGGCCAGUUGUAUUUUGGCUGCUACCAGGAUUAUGCAGACACCUGCGAGAUGCUCGAUCUCGCAUGGCGACCUUCCUCGGGCGAUGAUGCAGGCGUUGCAGUCGAGACUGACGGCUUUGUUGCUGGGGGGAAAAGUAACUUUACCAAGAGCCCGGCGCAGGCUAUCAAGGUGCUCCUCACCACAUUGCGACGAGACUGCCAGGAGAUUGACAAGACCCAUUGGGGUCGGAUCCUUGGCGGAGAGUUCUUGACCGCGGCGGACUUUGAGAUCUAA